AUGUUGAUGGGCUUGGACUACAUAGGCAAGACUAGCUUUUUCGAGGACAACACGCCACUGCCGAAGGAGUCCGGCUACGCAAUCUUGCUUGGCUUUGGAGCAUUCUUUUCCGUGGUAACCACAGUGCUGGUGUAUCUGGACAAGUAUGCGAAUGGAACCGUACACACAUCAGAAUUCUUCAACACUGCCGGCCGCACUGUUAAUACAGGCCUGACAGCCUCUGUCAUCGUCUCGCAGUGGACCUGGCCGGCGACACUUCUGCAAUCCUGCAAUGUAGCAUGGCAGUACGGAGUUUCUGGGCCGUUUUGGUACGCCGCUGGCGCAACGAUCCAGGUACUACUCUUCGGCAUGUUGGCGAUCGAGGUCAAACGCCGUGCUCGGACGGCGCACACAGUGUGCGAGAUGGUUUUGGCCAGGUGGGGCAAACGUGCGCACCUGACUUUCCUCUUCUUCGCGCUAUUGGCCAACGUACUCGUGACCUCCAUGCUGCUACUGGGCGGUGCUGCCACAGUAAAUGCGCUGACGGGCUUGGAUACGAACCUGGCAUGCUUCCUGAUUCCCUGGGGUGUGAUCCUUUACACAGCGGCAGGUGGCCUGAAGGCCACUUUCAUGGCCUCCUACCUCCAUACCGCCAUCAUUUUCCUGAUUCUGCUGGUGUGUGUGUACACUGUUUAUGUCAAGGAAUUCUCGUGCGACAGCAUCUAUGAAGGCCUGAUGCAGGUAUCGAGCUAUUCGACUGCACAGUGCCAGCAAAUUUUUCACAAUGGCAGUCAGACCUUCUUCGAACCGGGUAGGUAUGCCUGCGGGCCUGUGGCGCAAAACGACCACGGAUCCUAUCUGACCAUGAAAUCUUCGGGUGGUACGAAGUUCGGUGUCAUCAACAUCAUCGGCAACUUCGGCACCGUUUUCGUGGACCAGUCGUACUGGCAAUCUGCGAUCGCGGCUAGGCCGGCCAGUGCCCACAAGGGCUACCUGCUGGGUGGAUUGGUUUGGUUCACGAUCCCCUUUGCCCUCGCCACGUCCCUUGGCAUGUGUGCCGUUGCCCUGCAGCUUCCCAUCUCCUCUGCCGAAGCCGCCGCCGGUCUGGUGCCGCCCGCGGUCGCCACACACCUCUUCGGCAGCUUCGGUUCGGUGAUGAUGGCGGUGAUGCUUUUCAUGGCCAUCACCUCCACAGGCUCUGCCGAGGGUAUCGCCGUGUCAUCCCUGAUUACAUACGACAUCUACAAGACCUACAUCAACCCCAAGUGCACCGGCAAACAGGUGCUGAGACUUUCCCAGGCGGUGGUGGUCAUCUUCGGCCUACUCAUGGGCGGCCUCGGUGUCGCCCUUAACUGCAUUGGCCUGAACCUGAGCUGGCUGUACCUAUUUAUGGGCAAUGUCAUCGGCUCUGCCGUGGUCCCUCUCUGGAACCUGCUCAUGUGGAAGGAUGCCAACGCGACAGGGGCCGUGGUCGCAGCCUGGGGCGGCAUGAUCCUGGCCCUGGCGACGUGGCUCAUCGUGUGCCAGGCCGAGUUUGGUGAGAUCACCAUCGAGAACCUGGGAGAGUUGAACCCAAACCUCGCCGGCAACCUCACGGCCUUGGCGUCAUCGGCCUUGAUCCAUUUCGUCUUCUCCAUGAAGAAUCCUCAAAACUAUGAUUUCCAAUCUAUGGGCAAGAUUGAAAUGACACAGUUGGACGACACCGAUGGUGUGGAGAUGGAUGGAGGGAACAAUGAUGCAGGUGCUGUCCCCUACGGUGCCUAUGAUGGUGGCAAUGUCAGGUCUAGCCUAGCCCAGCAGGUGAAUGUCGGAUGCCAGAAGGGUGCGGGUUGGAAGAAUGAAGUGAAGAGAGUGGCGGAGCUUUCCUCCGUGCGAACGGCUGCUGCAGCAGAGAAGGAUCGGCUGCAGAGAGAGACGAAGGCCUCGGAAGAGAAGCUCCAGGCGGCGGAGCUCGCCGCCAAAGCGGCGGAGGCAAAGCACCAGCAGCUUGAGCAGGAUCGCCUUGAGGUGAUGCAGGAUCGGGAAGAGGGCAUCCAACAGGCGGAGAUGCGCCGAGCUGCUGAGGUGACGGAGCUGCGGACGCAGCUCAGCGCGGUGCAGGGAGAGGCCGAGACUCGCAGCAAGAGCUUCCGCGAGAGGGAGGCCUCUCUGCAAAAGUCCGUGGAAUCGGCGGCCGCACGGGUGCAGGCUCUCAGUGAGGAGCUGGAGGCCUGCCAGGCCGCGCAGGAGGAGACGGAGAAGAGACUGCGGGAUACCAAGGACCGCGACGCAGACGUGAAGGUUCGAGUGAGCCAGCUCGAUGGCGAGGCUGCAGCCAUGAAGCUGCGGGAGCCCGGGCUGGCACAGAAGGUGCCGUCGGGUAAGGACUUGCUUUUGCUGAGUGCGCACCACAGUGUGCCUAGAUACCGUGAGCUACCGAAUUCCCACAUGGGUGGUGGCAAGCGUCAGGCUCAAUGGCGGUCCAACGCUGCAGGCCAGUGGGAAGCGCAACAGGGCUCGGCCAGCGGGCAAUCGCCGCCUUGGCAAUACUGGCAGGGUGCAUGGCCGUCGCCCAAGAAGGGGCGACAAGCCACAUUGCGCUACGACCAGAUGGAAGUACAAGAGGAAGGUGGGAAAGGUCGCCGCAGCAACUGGCUGAGCGACCGGCCAGCCGCAGCUACGGCAGCGGCGGGCACCGCGCCCACACGCAACCAGAUGAUCCAGAAAGAGCUCACGGUCUCCCGCAAGUCCGAGGCUCGUUUGCGGAAGAUCAAGGAGGAACGGGCUACGAGGGAGAAGCAAUGGCAGCGCUUCGAGGAGAAGUCGAAGCAAGACUUCGUCAAGCAGAAGCGCCAAUACCUUGCAGACCUCGACCGGCUCGACAAGGAAGCCAUGCAAGUGGCAGAGACCGGCGAGAUGGCGGCGGCCAAAGUACAGGCCAUUGUCAAUGGCACGCCGAUGCCACAGCCGGAAGAGGCGCCAGUGCUCGACGACGGCAGCUGGGAGAGACUACUCCAGGACGACGAGGAGCUACCGGAUGCGGAUACUCUCCAGCAGGCCAUGAUGGCAGUGCGCUUCCUCCGACAACAUGGCGCCAUACCGCCCAAGGCUACGGCUAUGGCGGUCGAGGCAUCGCUGGGAUCCGCAGGAGGACGAGAUCCACGCGGGGUCCUGCCAUGCCCGGGGCCGCCUGCGCCGGGCCUGACUGCUUACGUUCCCGAAGUCCCAGCCAGGGACAACAAGGAAGCCAAGGUGCCGUACCUGCCUUCGCCGUCCACGCGUCUGGGCGACGCGCGGGCGAACAACCCCCUCGAGCCGGUGCCCGACGAGGCUUUGCCGGACGAUCCUGCUAUGCGCAUGCCGCUCCCGCCGGGAAACACGAUCAUGCCGCCUGCAGCGACAGAGCUGCAGGAUCAGCACAUGCUCUCCCCGGGUCAGUCACAGCUGGUGUCAAAAAGGGAGCAACGUCGACAGGCGGCACGCACAGCCCUACAGCCAUUCGGGAAGACUGUUGGGCCAUCUGGUGUUCCUGCUUUGGCUCCAGGGCUCGUGGAAGACGACGAGGACGACGCCGAGCAAUCUCGCCAGGUCUCUGCGGGCCUUCAAGACCUGGGCUAG